UUCAUUCAGCAACAAAACAUACCUUACUCACUAGCCUAAUUUGCUCCUUUAGCCUCACUCCUGCUCUCUUCUACGUCAAAUCCUAAGAAACCCAUUUGAAAUUUGAAAUCUCGUUCUGGCUAAUUCCAUGUUCAUUGUUUACUAUACCUCACCACUCCAAGGGUCUCAUAAAUUUCUUCUGCUUCCAACUCUGCUCCAGAAAAAGAAACUGUUGGUUCUAGAUACAAGUGGGUUUCCAGAGUAGAAGUGAGGCUAUUGGGCAUGAGAUAAACAGCAAGCACCAUCAUCUACGACCCUUUUGACUAUAUUAUAAACAACACAAAAAAUGGAGAGUGACUUGAGCUGGGAGCAGAACACGCUCAUAAAUGAGCUAAUUCAGGGGAUGGAGGUAGCAAGGAAGUUGAAGGCAGACUUGAGGAUGCCGUAUUCAGUUGACUCAAGAGAUUUGCUUGUGCAGAGGAUAUUAUCUUCUUAUGAAAAGGCUCUACUGAUUCUAAGAUGCAAUGCAUCAUCAACUUCCGAGUUGCAGGCCAUGAGUCAAGCAACACCAACUUUGCUACCCGAGUCCCCAUUAUCUGUCCAUGGAAGUCCUCUGCGCGAGGACGUUGAUGGGACCAUCAAGGAUCACCAAGAAGUUAAACAUGAUUCAAAGAAAAGAAAGGCAACGCCCAAAUGGAUGGAUCAUGUAAGAGUGAGCUGUGAAAGUGGUCUUGAAGGACCACAUGAAGAUAGCUACAACUGGAGAAAAUAUGGUCAGAAAGACAUCCUUGGAGCCAAAUAUCCCAGAAGUUACUAUAGGUGCACCUUCCGCAACACUCAGGGCUGUUGGGCAACAAAGCAAGUGCAGAGAUCAGAUGAAGAUCCCACAGUAUUUGACAUAACUUACAGAGGCAAGCAUACCUGUUCUCAGGGAAACAAUGCCGUUCUGCCACCUAAGUCACCAGAAAAACAAGAAAAACCAACACACAGUCAUAACAUUGAUAUUCACCGUGCACAGGCAUCUCAAGAAAGCCUUACAAAGUUCAGAAACAUCUUGUCUGUCAACACAGAUAAUCUGAACAAUGGAGAUAUGGCAUAUCCUUUCACUUUCCCUUCAACUUCAUUUGGAUGCAUGAAACAAGACAACCACAGCUUGAUUCCUUGGGCCCUGGAGAACGAGUCCUUCUUAAGCGACCUAUACCAAACACACCUUUUAUCCACAACAAUACCAGAAUCAAACUAUUUCCCAUCUCCAACUUUCCAGAUGAAUGUGUUUGAUGGGAUCUACAGCAAGCCACAUUCGGAAUCCGAUAUCAAUGAGAUCAUUUCCACCAACACAUCAGCAACCAAUUCUCCAAUUCCUGAUUUCAAUUUCUCACUUGAUCCAGUGGAAAUUGACCCAAAUUUCCCUUUCAAUACCCCAGGACUUUUCUCCUGAUUGCAUUUCACUAUAAAUGGAAUACUAUAAGCACAUAGUCUUCCUAAAAUGGGACAACUUCAGACAGCAGUAAAAUUGUAGAAUAAAGAAUGAGCAACUGCAGCACUUAUGAAGGUCCUUGUGGCUUGUAGUCAAUAUCAGAAUUACAAUUUUGGCACUGAGUUAGCAAUUAGCAGUAUGUACUUUUAAAUAAAAUAGUCUCUCCAAAUUUGCAUUGGUACAA